AACUCCAUAUCCCAGAAUGCCUUGCGUCAUCUUCAAGCUCUAGCACAGGAUAACAGACGUCUUUCAGGAGAAUGUAGCGGGUAAAUAUUUGAUGUCUUGUGACCGCUUUCGCAUUUAAAAGCCAACGCUACUUACAGGUGCUUGACUCUACAUUCCUGGCUUGCUGCAGACGUUGGAGCUUGAAAAUAUAACACACCAAACAAAGACCUAAACCAACAUUAUGCUAUUAUAAAAAAAAUCAUCCUCCAAGAGCUGUUUAUGCAAAUUCUUUGUAGCCUUUUCAGUUUAAUGUAGCUUUUUGGAGCACCUUUCGGAUGUGGGAUCGUUUGAGCUGUUUACCAGUGUUGGAGGAAAGAUCCUAAUCCCAAAUCCUUCUGGAGGGAGCUAAGACACUGCCUGACUCGAAGCUAACCGGAUUACCUUCAUAUUAGAUUUGCGAGACGAGAGAAGUACACCUGCUUGAAUUUACUAGCAAAUACAGGUCACGCUGCUCCGAGUUCAUUUGCUUUUCGGAUCUCGUAUGCGGGACGCCACCUUGAACUGUCAAACUUGGCAGAAUUGGCUACCUGAAUAGUCUUUUAUUGUAGGGCAACUUUACGAACCAAAUCCAUUCAGACUCAAGGUCGAUCGUCCUUGGUUGCAGAAAAGGGACGUGUUGUUCGUGCUUGGCUUUUAGAUGUUAAUGGAGAAGACUUUGUUUUUUUAUGUUUAAUACAAUAUUGCCACAGAAGGACAGUGGAACGCAAGUGCACAAGCAAAUCUGUAUCACCAAUGCCUGAGAAGGCCUCUCAGCCAAGCUGGAUCGUAAAGAAAAAAAUCGCUUGAGAAAGAGGAGACGUACUAAACUCGACUGAUCUCAUUCAGGUCCUGUUCUUUUUUCCUGCUUGGUGGAGACCUGCAUUCAUGCGAUGGGUCCUGGGCCAACUCAGACAGGAGCAAGCAUUGCUUUGUGAAGGUCUACGUGCAGCCCUCAUUAACAUCGGCCAGAUAAGCGGAGAAGGAUGAAACUGAAGAAGCAGGUGACCGUCUGCGGAGGGGCCAUCUUCUGUGUGGCCGUCUUCUCUCUCUAUCUGAUGCUGGACAGAGUCCAGCACGAUCCGGCGAGGAGACAGAACGGAGGAAAUUUUCCAAGGAGCCAGAUCUCGGUGUUACAGAACCGCAUCGAACAGCUCGAGCAGCUCCUGGAGGAGAACCAUCAGAUCAUCAGCCACAUCAAAGACUCAGUUCUGGAGCUCACCGACACGGGGGCCGUCUCUCCCAGCGGGCACCUACCUUUCCGCAGUGCCAACGGCUCCUGGGUGUUGCCCUUUGACGGCAGGCCCACUUUUCUAUCCGUCAAGCCGCAGGACUGCCAGUUCGCUCUGGGACGCAGAAGCCAGACUGACCUGCAGAUGCUGGAUGUUUACUCGCUGCUCAGCUUUGAUAAUGUGGAUGGGGGUGUUUGGAAACAAGGCUUUGAGAUCACCUACGACCCCAACGAGUGGGAUGAAGAACCAUUGCAAGUGUUUGUGGUCCCUCAUUCUCAUAAUGAUCCAGGAUGGGUCAAGACAUUUGACAAGUAUUAUAACGAUCAGACUCAGCAUAUUUUAAACAACAUGGUGGUGAAGCUGGCAGAAGACCCUCGCAGGAAAUUUAUUUGGUCUGAAAUUUCCUUUUUCGCCAAGUGGUGGGAAAGCGCUGACGUCCACAAACAAGAAGCAAUGCGCAAGCUGAUCCUCGGUGGACAGGUGGAGAUGGUGACAGGAGGUUGGGUCAUGACGGAUGAGGCCACCGCUCACUAUUUUGCCAUGAUCGAUCAACUCAUUGAAGGCCAUCAGUGGCUGGAGCAAAAUCUAGGUGUGAUCCCUCGAUCGGCCUGGGCAGUGGAUCCAUUUGGUCACAGUGCCACAAUGCCUUACUUGCUUAAACGGGCCAACCUGACCAGCAUGCUGAUCCAGAGGAUCCAUUACUCCAUCAAGAAGCAUUUUAGUGCUACACGGAGCCUUGAGUUCAUGUGGAGGCAGGCAUGGGAUCCAGAAUCGGGCACGGAUAUGUUCUGCCACAUGAUGCCGUUUUACAGCUACGAUGUGCCUCACACCUGCGGUCCCGACCCAAAGAUCUGCUGCCAGUUUGACUUCAAGAGACUCCCGGGCAGUAGAGUCAACUGCCCAUGGAAGGUGCCACCCCGAGCCAUCACGGAUGCCAACGUAGCAGAGAGGGCUACUGUCUUGCUCGAUCAGUAUCGUAAGAAGUCCAAGCUUUUCCGUAGCAAAGUCUUGUUGGUUCCUCUGGGAGAUGAUUUUCGGUACGAUAAAGUGCAGGAGUGGGACCAGCAGUACGUAAAUUACCAGAAACUGUUUGAUUACAUGAACUCGCAUCCGGAAAUGCACGUGAAGGCUCAGUUUGCAACAUUGACGGACUACUUUAGCGCUCUAUACAAGGCUAAGGGAGUUGCCCAGGGGAUGAGACCGCCGGAUUAUCCUGUGCUCAGCGGAGACUUCUUCGCCUAUGCGGACAGAGAGGAUCAUUACUGGAGUGGAUACUUCACCUCACGGCCCUUUUACAAAAACCUGGACCGCGUGUUAGAGUCUCAUCUACGAGGGGCGGAGAUCCUUUACAGCCUGGCGGUCUCUCACGCACGGCACGCGGGCGUAGAAGGACGUUACCCUACUUCCGAUUACUCUCUGCUCACCGAUGCCAGGCGAAACGUAGGGCUGUUUCAGCACCACGAUGCCAUCGCGGGCACCGCCAAAGAGAUCGUUGUCAUCGACUAUGGAAACAGGUUAUUGCGUGCCCUGGUCGGUCUGAAGCGAGUGAUCAUUAAUGCAGCCCACUUUCUAGUAAUGAAAAACAAAGAUGUUUAUCGCUUUUAUCAGACGGAGCCUUUCCUGGAGACGGAUGAUAGACGGGCCACACAUGAUUCUCUUCCUCAGCGCACGCUUAUCGAAUUAGAAUCUUCUCCCAGGUAUCUGGUACUGUUUAACCCGAUUGAGCAGGAGCGCUUGUGUCUGGUUACGGUGCUUGUGAAUUCACCUCGGGUGAGGGUGCUUACAGAAGAUGGACAAACAUUACCGGUGCAGCUCAGCGCGCAGUGGGUCACCGCCGUCGAGAUGAACGGAGAGGUUUACCAGGCUUCCUUCAUGGCACGACUGCCCGCAUUAGGAUUGGCUGUUUUUCACCUGUAUGACUCUGCCGACUCCCCCAUGACCCUGCGCUCUGAUACGCUACUGAGGAUUCCGGGGCGGGCCCAAAGCAUACGAAGUUCGGACCCUUUGCCCGUGCGAUCCCAGAUGUCGGAUUCUCAACCUUUCUACAUUCAGACCCAGUCUCUUACUCUGGGCUUCUCUGGAACCACAGGCCUGCUUGAGAGUAUUCGGCGUAAAGAUGACCCUCAGGAGGUCAGGGUACAGAUUCAGUUCUUUACAUACGGAACUCGACCCUCGAAAGACAAGAGCGGAGCUUAUCUCUUUAUACCGGACGGAAAUGCCAAGCCUUACUCUCAGAGAGAAGCUCCGGUCGUUCGGGUGUUAGAAGGUCCGCUGUUCGCCGAGGUCGUGACUUACUUCCAGCACUUUCAACAGACGGUCCGCAUUCAUAAUGUUCCAGGAGUAGAUGGUCUGUCUCUGGACAUUACCACCAUGGUGGACAUCAGAGACCAGAAUAACAAGGAGCUGGCCAUGCGCCUGGUUACGGACAUUCAAAGCGGAGACACUUUCUACACAGACCUCAACGGGUUUCAGAUCCAGCAGCGACGUUACUUCCAGAAGCUUCCAAUACAGGGUAAUUUCUACCCCAUGCCCACCAUGGCGUACAUUCAGGACAGUCAGUACAGACUUACCCUCCAUGCGGCACAGGCAUUGGGGGUUACCAGUUUGGCCAGUGGUCAGCUGGAGGUGAUUCUGGACCGGCGCUUGAUGCAGGAUGAUAACAGGGGGCUGGGACAGGGUCUUAAGGACAACAAGCGAACUGCCAAUCGCUUUCGCCUUCUGUUGGAGAGGAGGAGCAACGGCGCAAAGCCUCUUGGCUCUUAUGCUAAAGUCACCCACGUCAUUAACAAAAUCAUUGCUGGUAUUUUAGGAGACCACAAAAAAGAGAUGGCAGACAGCAGAACGGUCAAUUUCCCAUCGCUGCUCAGUCACAUGACCUCCGCCAUCCUAAACCACGAUGUGCUGGCACUGCCCGUGUUACCCAGGAAACACGGCGUACCCCCCAUUCGCACCUUUGCCCCAUUGGCCAGCACGGUGCCGUGUGACUUCCACUUGCUGAACCUCAGGAGCAUCCAGAGCUCGGACGCACACUCUCCAUCUCCCCAUACGGCUCUCCUACUUCACCGCCUGGGGCUGGACUGUGGUCUGGAGGCUCAAAAUCCUGGUUUUAACUGCACGACUACACAAGGCCAGCUCUCCGUUUCUGGACUUUUUCGUGGGCUGGACGUGCAUUUGCUGCAGCCCAUGUCUUUGUCUCUGAUGCACUCCCAGCCUCCGCUUACCAACGACUCCUACGUCAAUCUAGAGCCAAUGGAAAUCUCUGCCUACAAGCUCAAGCUGUGCUAGGACAAAGUUGCACCCGAGCCAGGCUCUCCCUUUGGACCCUGUGUCAGCAAAAGCAGAGAGCCACAGCCGGAUGAACGGAGGACUCUGUAGGAGAUCGUUUAUCCAGUCCAAAAUUAAGAAAAUAUAACACGAAGGAACUAAACAGGAAUAUGAGCAUGUUCCAGCCGAACGUAGCCGAAAUUAUAUAAUUGAGCGUGUUUUUAUUGGACAUAGCACAAAUUGUUAUGCUGAACCCUCGCCACCGCCCAUUCUUUUUAAAACGGUCACCCCUGGAGUUUGUACUGUAUGUAAAUAUGUCAAAGCUAUACAAUUGGAUCUUUAGAAACAUGUGGGACGCGGUGCAAUAUGUGAUGCCGUCUUUCAUCGUGUGUUUUUUACUCAAGGCCUUGGAAGCUACGCUCAAGUCAUUUUCACGUGAGCUCGCUUUACUUCGUUUUACUUCACCUCUGAUGUGGAUGGCGAACGCAUGAUGAUUUUUAUGAAUGUCACUCACGACAGCCUGUGGUCGGGUCUUCAGCUCGCUCUCUCAUUGGUUGGUUAUUUCGCAGGUGACAGCUGAGAUACAUAAGCUGACAUUGGGAUGUUUCCUGAACUUUUAUUGAAAAAUAACGCUGCUUUUUAAUAAGCUAGCUAUGAAUUAUCCUCUAAAGCAUUUUUAUUUUCACUUUUUUGUAUGGUGUUGCAUUUGGCAACAGUACCGGUUUUUAAGUUGCCGAAUGUUUGUUUAUACUGCUUGUUUUAUCUUGUAUGCAGGUCUGAGCCGUAUGUUAGCCUGUAUUUGAAUUGGACUUCGAUAAUACGCAGCAUUGUCUUAUUUCCAAGCGUAAGAGCUUUUCAAAGAGCUCCUAGAUCAGUUUAGGUACAUCCAUACAUAUUCGAAGCCUCUUUGUUUGCUUGAAUACCUUCUGUAUAUUCGAGUAAAUGAAAUUACCACGCUAAAAAUUGUGGUCUGCUGUUAAAAACGUACUUCGGGCCUUAUCUACUAUCACUUGUAGGGGUUUUCAAACUGGGGUACGGGGGGCCUCCAAGAGGUCCCCAGAAAAUGCCCUUAUUAUUACUUUAUGAUCUUUACAACUUCUUGGCAAUAUAUAUCCUUGUAAAGCUGCUACGACACAAGAUUUAUUGUCAAAGCUGCUGCAGUACAAAUAAAUAGUUUAUACAUCCAGCAUUACUCUUAACUGUAGCCAAUUAUAUUCGUUAAAGAUAUAAAUUGAUAUAUAUAUUUUAGGUAGAGGGUCCCUCGCAAACGUUUCAUUGUAUUUGAGGGGGUCCUUGGUAUUAUAAAGUUUGAAAACCCCUGGUGUAGCAGACCCUGCUUCUGUCGGUCACCUCAGUAGCCUAAAUCAGACAAUUGCCUCCUCGCAAACUGUGUCGUGUCUCAUCUCAUACUGUACAUGUAUGCUUUUAAAAACUAGCUAGAUUUUAAUUUAAAUUACGGAAUGAUAUUCCCGCUCGUCUGUGUUUCAACACUACAUUUGAUUAUCUCUCCGCGGCGAACCGGCUUUCCCAGCUAAUCAGGUUCCACAGUAGCAUCCUAUCAGGAACGUCAUAACGGCGAGUAUGAAUAACGAGAGCCAAGCGACUGUUCGUUUGCUUGGUACACACUUUGGCUCCAGGCGCAGGUAUCUUUGAUAAUUCAGCCUGUUGUUAUUCAUUUUCAUACUUUCUCUCUCUCUCUCUGUAUGUGUGUGUGUCGCCAUGCUUAUGUUGUGCAUACAUUUUCCUUGAUUUGUGUAGUCGAAGGAUUUUGUUUUGACUGAGAAAUUGAAAUGUGUUUCCCAACAGGAACGUGUUAAAGAUAUUAAAGUGGCCGUUUAAUAAAGAUCAGACAUUAA